AUGCCGGCAAGUUCUAGCGACGACAACGAAGAUGCCACCAACAAUGAAUAUGACAACGAGGGUGAAGAAGCCAACAGUGAUCAAGACUCUGACAGCGAAGAGGAUGUGAGCGACGUUGAAGAUGCCAUCGACGACGAUGACGAAGACGACGACGAAGAAGUCGACUAUGAUGAAGGGGAAGACACGGAAAAGCCCACCAACAUCUUCAACCCAAGUGGCUCCAGCGUAAACUGCACCGACAUGGGCGAAUCCUACGCCUCAGGACUUCCCAACGAAUACAGUCCGCCCCCUAUCGACUCUGGAGGCAGGGACCUGGACGAAUGGAAGGAGCGUCUUGAAGAAAAUGGCUUCAAGGUAUCCGACAAUCCACCCGACGAAAAAUACCUCAGCGGCCCUCGCGAAGCUGCCGUUGCAUACCGCCAUGCUGGUGGCGGUGGGCACGUCGUUGCGAUGGAUGAUGGUUACAAUGAUGCGACGUAUACAUACUCUGAUCAUCAGGGUCGUGUCGAUGAGGAUGUCACGGAGGAAGUGAAUAAAGCAAGGCGCGAGGACCGCAUUGCAGGCUACAUCACGAGGCCGGACCUUGACGAUCACGAGAGGGAACAGCAGCAGGAGGAUGACUAUGAGGAUGACGAGGAAGAAGAGGAAGGAGAUGAGGACUAUGGUGAUGAUGGAGAUUAUGAAAUGGACAAUGGGUGGAACAAAUACCGGUGA